AUGACAGACAAACCGGGCGUGCCGGCGGGCGACGACGCGGGCAGCAUCAUGGCGCUGCUGGAGCGCGUGGCCGGCCUCAUGGACAGCGUGCAGACCACGCAGCAGCGCAUGGAGGAGCGGCAGCUGGAGCUGGAGAGCACGGUGAAGACCAUCCAGACGGACGUGGUCAAGCUGACCAGUGACCACGCCAACACCAGCUCCACCGUGGACCGGCUGCUGGAGAAGACGCGCAAGGUCAGCCGCCACGUCAAGGACGUCCGGGUGCGUGUGGAGAACCAGAACGUCAGGGUGAAGAAGGUGGAGGCCACCCAGGGAGACCUCCUGGCCAAGAACAAGUUCAGGGUGGUCAUUUACCAGGGUGACCAGGAGGUGAAGGCCGUCACGCCGGGCAUCGAGCCAGCAGAACCCAGCGGCAGCACCGGCGCCAGAGCUGACGUGGAACCGGACAAGUUCGAGCUCCCUCCAGACUCGGAUGAGGAGUACAUGGUGGUGGAAGAGGCCGACUCCUCUGCGGCCGGCCGCGCGAAGAAGACGGGGCUGACGCGCAUCGAGAGCUUCAAAGCCACCUUCUCCAAGGAGAACAUGAGCAAGACCCGCGAGAACCUGGGCACCAAGGUCAACAAGUUCGGCGAGCGCAUCGUGACGGCCGAGAGGCGCGAGAAGAUCCGCCAGUCCGGCGAGAGGCUGAAGCAGUCGGGCGAACGGCUGAAGGAAACCAUCGGCAAGAGCGUCCCGGCCAAGCUCAACCUGAAGAAGGAGAGGACUGUGGCGGAGGGCCAGGAAGGAGCCGAGGGCGCCGCCGAGGGAACCGCACCCGUCCCGCCUCCAAAGGGCCGCAAGAGCGGCCCGGACGCCGCUAAGGCGGCCGGCGCCGAGGGCAAGGCGGCCGAGUCCGAGGUGCCGAUGUACGACAUGAAGCAGCUAUCGUAA